CAACGGUCGUAUGCAGAAUAUAUAUCUGUAUGACAUAAUGUUAUGCCGCCAACUCCAGGCCGACACGCUGAAUGUAGGCGUCCGUGAUAACUUGCUCUGCAUAAUUUUGAUAUGUUAAGUGUACUACCACAUAACCCCAAGUCUAUGAGCACUACUUGACAGUGCAUGUGAAUUAUCUUUUUCCAGGAGAAGAAGAGAUAAACAAAUAUUACUCUAUGCCAGAGCGAUAGAAAUGGAUUUAUGGACUUCCGAGCGAUUACGAGCUAAACGAUUGCACGAAAAAUAUAAGGACUCGGAUAGUACGAAAAUUUUUUUUAUACUUCUAGAAUUAAUUUAAUUAUCCUCCGGAUUGAGAGCCACACCCAAACACUUGGAAUAUUGUAGCUUGAGUGGUGACGUAACUGAGUGCAAUUAAGUGAAUUUGUUUUUGAUCCGCGGCCGCCUCCUACCUUCCUCUCUUUGAUAUUAACCCUGCAGAAUGGAACAGAAAAAGCACUUUUCAUUACUUGGACACCCUCUUACGGUGUUAAAUUGCGCAUGACGCGUGUUCAGCACGCGUUGUGCUGAGAAGGGCGGGAUUUACUGCAACCAUAGCAUCUCCUAAACAGCCACAACGAACUGAAAAGCUUCGAGGGGCGCCAUAUCUGAAUAAGGUCCUGCUGCCUAUGUUAUAUCCAUUUUCCGCUUCGUAAAUAAAUCCGUGCAACCCUGUACACAAUCAUGCCGCCCGUUCUUGAUACUAUUCCAAAAAAGGCGGAGCCAGAACGGGACGAUCAAUUGAACGCCGACAGCCGCUCUGCAGCAGUCCAGCGGCCGUCCGGUAAAGCGCACUCCUCGGCCGGUCACAAGAGAUACGAGAGCGUAUCAGCGAAGAAAACUGUUGGGCCUCAACCGCCUCAUGCAUGGAAUAUGUACAAUCUCACCCCGGCAGAACGACAAGAAAUAUUGGACUUAUACGACAACGGUCACACUUGCUCUCACAUUUUGCGGAGGACCAAUUUAUCCAUUUACCAUGUUAAACAGUUGCUGUGCGCAGCCGGGAGAACAGCAUCUUUUAGGAACCGGGAUCAAAAGAGGGUGGAAAACACAAUCCAGGAGGUCAGUUUAACUUCAAAAACACGACCUGCAAUCCUUGAUGCCGGUUUACCUUCAAAAACACCACCUGUGAGAAUAUGCUUGUCACAUUGUGCAAUCCAGAACAAAUAUAAUGAAAAGCAGAAGACUGCAGCGAAAAGGUCGCGCCGAAAAGGACGGGAUCCAUGGAUUGGACGCCAGCCGGCUCAAGCCGCAGAAGGUGUGCGUCGGUCCGAUUCCGGAGAUGAAUUACCUGAUGCUGGCGUUGGUAUCAGCAUUUUGUCGGAUGACGAGCAGUGUGAGUUCACUACAGAGGAUAUGGAGCGUUUCGCGGAAAAAACCGGAGCUGCUAAACACCGGAGUGGACCGGAAAAUAUAACGAAAACGGAUAUUCUGGAAGUCGACAUCGAAAAAGACACUGCAUUCCGAACUUCUUCCGUCCGAAGAAAAAUCAAGGAAGAAAUUAUUGAAUAUAGCAGUACAGGCUGUAUUUCGCCUGACAAAUCCGUGGAAACCGCUUCGGAAAUUUUUGGGCGUCCAUCCGAAAUUCUGUCCAGAAGCGGCCGCAGUGCAAGAUAUCAUUGCCAGAUUUGCCGGUUAUCCUGGGACAAAGAGGAAGCGUUCUUGUUGCAUUUUACCCAAAAAGAGCACGAACAGUUGUUCGCCUCCGGGGUUUUCUUAUACUGUACAGGAUGUAAAUUUAAAACCAGAAAACCAGUAAAAAUGGGUAGACACAUUAUUGAUUACCAAUCACAAUGGGAGCUGCGCGACGGUAGCAUGCAUUCCGUUAAAAUUACCCAUUAAGAUUCUCGUGUUAAAUUAAGUAUCGUUUCCUUGAUAUUAUGUGUGAGCGUUUGCUAACCUAUACGGUGGAUUUAUCGUGAUUCGCGGGCAUUUUGCCGGGGCUUGCGAAGUUCGAUGAUUUGAAAAACGGUGUCAAAUUUUGCUUUUUUUUUGCUGUUUGAAAUUGUUCUGCAGUAGUAGUAUUUUGCUCGUCAAUUUCUGUUGAUAACAGAGGCUAAUAAUUUUAACUACUGUCGAGAA